AUGAAUUAAAAAACUAGUACAGAUUGUUGUGUAUAAACUGAUUUGGAUUAUAUGGAAUUAGAAAUAAUUGAAAACAUUUCACCAAAAAUGAUUUGUGUUAAUUAAUUGUCAAGAAGUGUUAACAUGAGAAAUAAACAAUUGAAAAUUGAUGUGAAAAAUAAUUUUAAUAGUUUUUAACUAAGAAAGAUAGAGAGUUUUGAUUAAAAUUAGAAUUAACUUAGAAGAUAGAAAAAUAUUUAUAAUAAUAAGUCUUUCCAUAAUGAGAAUGAAUAAAGAGCAAGAAGAAAAAAGUAAUUUAUUGCAAGAUCUUUCCAUAUUGAAUCAUUAAACAAUAUUGCAACACCAUAAUAAAUAGUUUUACCAUAAAAAUAGUAAUUCACUCCUCUUCAUGUAUUAAAGAGGAAGUUGAAUUAUCCAGCAAAUCCAUAUAGAUUAAAAACAUGUCCUGAUGAUAGUAAAUUUAGUGAUAAAUUACUAUAGACAAAUAUUAUACCAGAAAAAAUAAAAUAUUUUGAUGGGAUUAAGGCUUUAAAGUGA